AUGAGUUACCAAGAUACAGUUAUUACUGAACAACCAAACAUAGUUGGAACAAAUGAACAGCGUGAUCGUGACUGGACGAACGGCUUAUACGGAUGCACAGACAACUGUUCACUGUGUUGGUUAGUGACUUGCUGCUUUCCAUGUUAUUUAUGUUACAUGUACAAAAUGUCCAAAGAAUCCUGUUGGUUACCGUUUUUCGGGGCAGGUCCAAUUUAUCUACGCAUAAAGCAUCGUUACAGGCAUCACAUUCGA